ACGCAAUUCCCGCAUCCCUACAGCUGCCAGUGCCGCCAAGAAUUUGGCUUAGCCGGCCCGGAGGGGGGGACGAGGUAGACAACCGGGAAGAUUACAUCAGCAGGCCGGUCGGUAUUCUCGGUUUAAACCCAUCUAUCCCCUCCUCUACAUCAUGGAAAUGGACGGUUUUGUCUCCUCGCAUUCGACCCUGGAAUCACCGACCGUCGAAAGGCGGGUCACGGGCACCAUAGCCGCCACGGGGUUUGGGAUUCUUGGCAGCAGUGUGUUGGACGCCACGGGGGGGUUCGUCGGGCCUUUUUCACCGAGAGUAACGGGCGAACCGGACUUUGCUUCGGUUUUGCACCGAACAACAACGACCGAGGCUCCGGCCUGUGUGGAGCCUGACAUGGACUAUGAAGGACUGCCUCAGGGAGCAGCUAGCAGCACACACAUGCUGGCUGGAGCUGUGGCUGGAAUCAUGGAGCACUGCCUCAUGUACCCCAUUGACUGCGUCAAGACUCGCAUGCAGAGCCUUCACCCUGAGCCAGGAGCCCGCUACCGGAACGUGAUGGACGCGCUGCGGCAGAUUGUACGGACGGAGGGGGUGUGGCGACCAAUCAGGGGGGUCAACGUACUGGCAGUGGGGGCUGGACCUGCACACGCGCUUUACUUCGCCUGCUACGAGAAAAUAAAGUUUUCCCUCAGUGAUGCAAUUCACCCUGGCACUAACAGCCACUUUGCAAACGGAGUAGCAGGCUGUGCAGCUACUGUCCUCCAUGAUGCCAUCAUGAACCCAGCUGAAGUUGUGAAGCAGCGGAUGCAGAUGUUUAACUCCCCUUACCGCGGGGUCUCAGACUGCAUCAGCUCUUUGCUGAGACAGGAGGGAGCGGCCGCCUUCUACCGCAGCUACACCACCCAGCUGACCAUGAACGUCCCGUUCCAGGCGCUGCACUUCAUGACCUACGAGUACCUGCAGGAGCUCCUGAACCCCCACAGACAGUACAAUCCUUCCUCCCACGUGGUGUCCGGCGCUCUCGCCGGAGCCCUGGCCGCCGCCGCAACCACUCCCCUCGACGUCUGCAAGACCCUCCUCAACACGCAAGAAGCUCAGGCUGUCCACGUCAUCCAGGCCGGGACCGGCGGGGCGGCGGCCGCCUCGGGUCCCGGGGCUCGCUACAUCUCCGGGCUUGGCGAGGCUUUCCGGACUGUGUACAGGAUGGGAGGCAUGCCGGCAUUCUUUAAAGGCGUCCAGGCCAGAGUCAUCUACCAGAUGCCUUCCACCGCCAUCAGCUGGUCCGUCUACGAGUUCUUCAAGUACAUCAUCACGAAGCGGCAGCACGAAAAGAGGCUGCGCGGCGAUCGGGACGUAGACAAAUGAUUGAGAGCCGUUCUCUCAUGCUGAUCACUGGUGGUGGUAAUAAAAUCUGAGCAUCUCAUUAGGUUCAAAUAGAAGGCAGGUUAUGGUUCUCAGCGUAAAAAAGUCAAAAUAGUUUUGUUUACCACAGAUGAUGUGUAACCAAGUUCAUAUAUAACACCAGGGAAGCCGACGGCGCCCUUAUGGGCUCCGAGGCCGACCUGGAAACCGCAGGAGUUUCUGACUCCAGCUAUUAUUCUACUGUUCUGUUCGACAAACAUUUCUAACUGGCUGUGAAAUAAGAUCAUGAACAUGUAUAGGACGUACUAGGUGCUGCUAUUUUCUGACCACCAGAGGGCGCAGUGUUGAGCUGCCGCUCUAGACGGAUGCAACAGAGAAUCUUAAUGUGCUGAAAACAUUCUGCUGUAUCACAGGAACAUUAGUUUGAUCCCAGAGUCUUUGUUCCCCCUUUUUUGGAAGUUUUCUGAAUGUUAUUAGAAGCUGAUAACAGGCUCCUCAGAGCAAAGGAUUAAAAAACAAAAGUCUGUUUUUAAAGGAAAAUAUUGCGAACAGAAAAAGAAGUCAGUGUGUGAAGCCAACAGGAAGACGGAUGACUGACCGCAGGCAUGGGCUGCUCAGUUCAUCUGUAUCGCGGUAUUUAAGUUAAAAUUGGCCCUACUUAGAUAAUAUAUUAGCUAUAUUAUAACAAACAUCUUCCUAUAUUCAAUGCAUAGAUUUAAGCUGCAUUAAUUUAGAUUUAGUUUUUAAAUAAUUAGGCUUAAUUUACCCUUUUUAUAAUUGGAUUUACAAAUGUCAACCUGGCUAAGUAACAUAUUGCAAUAGGGCUGUCCCAAUCUGAUAUUGAUAUCAGCAGAAAUGUUCUGCUUCAGUUUAAAGUUUCUUUAACUUAUUGGUUAAUAUCACAUGGGCUUUUGCUCUCUUUUAGUAGAAUAACUUGAUCAAAUCUUUGCUAACAUUAUACGUCACGAAAUAAGUAAUAAAAACCCGUCUGAUUCGUCUUUAUAUCACGUAGGAAAGCAGGAAACCCUUAUAUUUUCUUAAAAUAUAACCACUACCAUCUCGUUUAAAUCACAAAAUUCCAACUUUAACUGUGUAAUUACAUUCAAUUUUACCGUAAAUAGUUUAUUCCUAAUGAUUACAUAGUUACUUAGCGGACUAAUGUAUUAUAACCAUUAUUUAUUGAUUCAUGUUUUCCCUGAAUAUUACUAAAUUCCUUCCUAUUAUUGAGGAAUAAAAGCAUGAGAGCCUUUUUUUUAGCCAGCUCCCUGGCAGUGUGCAGCAGCUGCUUGUCUGGGGGCCCGUUCUCUGUUACUCCAUGCUCCAUACGGAGGACAUUAAGCACUUUUUCUGGCUACUUACGGGUUCUUUAAGCCGGGGUUUGUUAACCCAGCUCUUCAGGGCUCACCAUCCUUCAUGUUUUAGAUGCAUCUCUACUCGACUACACCGGAUUCAAACUGUUUCAUUCCUCCUCGGCAGCCAUCAAAUUCUGCAAACCUUUUCAUUCAGGUCAGGUGUUCAGAGGCAGGGAAACCCUCAUUUAAGCCAUCGUCAGAAUGUGCUUUAGAGGAUCUUGCUGGUUGGAAAUUUAGCUUCUGUUCAGAGUUCUGCGUACCUCGAUACAGGGACCGGGGCCCAUGCCUCACUGACAUCCUGGGAGGUUAGGAUCCAAUCCUUCAGGUCACAUCCUUAAGUGAAUUAUAAACACUUUAUUUCUAAAUAUAUAUAUAUAUAUAUAUUAGACAAAAAGGUGAGGAGAGUUUAUUUUUGUCAGUAUUUUUUACGUAAAGCUGCACACUACAGUAGCACUUAGGGUCAAAGGUUAUCAGAUUUAGUACAGGAGAUCUGUAAAUAAAACUGCUCACAGGAUGAGGUCAUUCCUCCUACACAUGCCUUCAGUUAGCCGCCGUACAGCUAACGCACAACUUCACAUAUCCUCCCAGAUGUAGUCCCGCUUUGAAGCCAUGAACUUUGAAGACGGGAUGUAGAACGCACAUCUGGAGAGCUUUUAUUUUGAAAGAAAUGCAUAUAAAUUUGUACAAGUUAAAAUCAAAGCAGUGCUAUAAAUCUGCAGAGCUGCUUUGCACCUUAAAAGAAAUCCUGCAGUAUUGAAACCCAUAUAUGUACGUGUCGAAGAGGUUUCCUCAUGUGAUGCUGAGUUUUAAAACUGGAAAGCCAAAGACUGAGAGCUAAAUGCAGGACAGGAAGUAGUUUGUCAGAUGAACACAAUAUAAAAUGCUUGAACAGUAUUUUGAAAGCGACGCCUGUUUUUUCUUUUGUGAAUUGUAAAUAAACUCGCUAAGGCAGCUCCUCGCAGAAGCAGGGUCUUCUCUUGGUGCUGGCUCGCCAAGCGC